AUGAGUUUAAUCAAUAAUCUACAUCAUCAAUUCAAGACGGAAAAUGCGCGACAUAAUCAUCAUCUUAAAAGAAACAAGAUUUUGGUACUUGGUAGACGCGGGGUCGGUAAAUUAUCUUUGAUUAAAGAUAUCAUAGCUAAAUCCAAACCUGAUACAAUAAAAGAGGAAACUUCAACAGUAUUAUUACCAUCGACCUCAACUUCGGAAUCUAAAGAUACAACUGAACACGAUGAUCCAAUUCACUCAGGUCUCACUUUACCAUGGCAUAUCAGCACAAGGUAUUAUACAGCUGACGUACAAUUCUGGAUCGAUGAAACUGUCGAUGAGGAAUUAGUUGAUCCCAAAGUGAUAAGGACGUAUGAAUCGGAAGAGAGCGGUGUUGGUGAUGUGGUGGAUGCUGUGGUGUUUGUGUUUAGAAAGGAUGAGCCAUCCACCUUCAAUGACAUUCGAUCAUUUUUACCGUUUAUUGCACGCUACGAGCCAGCCAUUACUUUGGCUGUUGGUAAAUCAUCAAAUAAAACUGUAGCAACAAAAGCCAGCGAUAUGGUAGCAGAUAAUCAGUAUAUGGACUGGUGUUUGGAGAACGGAUUCGAGUAUGUGGAUUUUGAUGCGCGAAUUGGUAUCGAUCGAAUUCUCGAAGCAUUACAAUCACACAUGUGGGAUGGAAUGACACGAUUAUCUAAUGUUAUGUCUGGAUCGCGAUCUAAAUUAUCUUUUAAUGAUGUUGCUGAUAGUGGAAACGAUGAUAUUGACAACGAGUAUAGUAGCAUUGGUACUGUCAAAUUGGGAAAUCCUGAGCUGCAGUAUAAUCAAGAGUUAUUGGAAGCGAUUUCCCAAUUAAAGAUUGGCACAGGUGUUACUGCUGCUGAUGAUAUUAAAAAAAAUAAAUCUGAUGCAUCGCAAAUGCGACAACAUGAUGUUGAUUCGGACACGGAAUUAUUUCAAGAUCUUCCUAAUCAGAAAGAAAUCGAAACAAUGCACCAACAAUUAUUUGGCGAUAUUGACCAUGACGAUGAUGAUCACGAUGAUGUUAAUUUUGAUUUGGAUGGAAAUGGAGAGGCAAGUGAUGGAUUGGAAAGGGUGUUGACUCGUUUGACUAGUUUACGAGAAAAAUGCAAAUCUUUGCCGGAUGAUGAACGCAGGAAAUUGGCAGCUAGCGUUGCAUUUUCAUUCGGGAUGCAGUUGGAAAAUGAUUGA